UAUAGAAAUCAGCUGGCCGCACGACACGUUUUGGUUUUUAUUCAAUAAUUUAAAAAAAUAUAAAAUGGUUGAUCUGGAUGAAAAUGACAUAGCAGACAUAGAGGACUUGAUUUCUUCAGAAGAUAUUAAGCCGAAGGAAAGGUAUAAGAAUAAAAAAAAUGUAACUCUCAGAGCUAGAAAAAAGGCAAAUCAAUCAGCUGCUACUGACACAUCGGAAACUGCUCCAAUCCUGGAAAGUGUUGUUCCAGGAACGCAAAAGAUUUAUCUCCGAACAUGGGGCUGUUCCCAUAACAACUCAGAUAGUGAGUAUAUGGCUGGACAAUUAGCUGCUUAUGGAUACCAACUCACAGAAAAUGCUUCGGAUGCUCAUCUAUGGUUACUGAACAGCUGCACUGUUAAGAACCCAUCAGAGGACACGUUUCGUAAUGAAAUUGAGAACGGUGUACGCACAGGAAAGCAUGUGGUUGUAGCUGGAUGUGUUCCACAAGGUGCUCCCAAAUCAAAUUAUUUAAAGGGUCUCUCCGUCAUUGGUGUACAACAAAUUGACAGAGUAGUUGAGGUAGUAGAAGAGACGCUUAAAGGCCACAGCGUUCGUUUACUACAGAACAAAAAAGAGGACGGGCACCGGAUUGCUGGGGCUAAGCUUGCACUGCCAAAAGUCAGAAAAAAUCCACUAAUCGAAAUAAUUGCAAUUAACACGGGUUGCCUAAAUCAAUGUACAUAUUGCAAAACUAAGCACGCCAGGGGAGAUUUAGCCAGUUAUUCGCCGAAUGAGAUAGUAGAUCGAGCCAAACAGGCUUUUGAAGAAGGUGUAUGUGAAAUAUGGCUCACAUCAGAGGACACGGGAGCCUAUGGUAGAGACAUUGGCAGUUCAUUGCCUGAGCUUUUAUGGAAACUCGUCGAAGUUAUUCCCGAAAACUGCAUGCUUCGUGUUGGUAUGACAAAUCCACCGUAUAUUUUGGAGCAUUUAAAUGAAAUAUCCAAAAUACUAUUACAUCCAAGAGUGUAUUCUUUCCUACAUGUACCUGUUCAAAGCGGUAGCGAUGCGGUAUUGGCGGAUAUGAAACGCGAAUAUUGUCGAAGCGAUUUUGAACAUGUAGUUGAUUUUUUAAAGGAAAGAGUAGAAGGCUUGACGAUCGCAACUGACAUUAUCUGUGGCUUUCCCUCCGAAACAGAAAAAGAUUUUGAGGAGACCAUGAACAUGUGCGAGAAGUAUCGCUUUCCGUCUCUAUUUAUUAACCAAUUUUUUCCCCGUCCCGGUACACCGGCUGCUAAAAUGGCUCGAAUUCCUGCAGAUUUGGUGAAGAGGCGCACUAAACGUUUAACAGAACUAUUUAACAGUUAUACUCCCUACGCUGGUCGCGAGGGACAAGUUUACAACGUGCUUGUAACAGAAAUUUCGCAUGAUACUUUGCAUUAUGUGGGACAUAAUAAGAGCUACGAACAAAUUCUUUUGCCCAUGAAGAAAAAUUUGCUUGGUAAAUCGGUUAGGGUUUGCAUUACUAGUUCAACCAAAUUUAGUAUGGUUGGUGAGAUCUUAGAUAAUGAACAGAACUGGACUGAAUGCAGUCAACUCACUUCCAAAUCUACAAAUGUGGGGAUUAAUCUUGGCACGUGUGCAAUCAAGAACGCACCAAAAGACAAAUUGGGUAUUGCACUACUUUUUGGAAUUAUCGCGUUUGUUUUACAGUUCAUCUGGAAACGAUUUUGGUAGUUUUAGAUAUUGCCUACUGUUGAAAUAGUACAUGAUUUAAAUAAAAAAUUAAAUAAACACAAA